GUACUGGCAGGAGUUAUGGCAAACGAAAUGCAAGAAGUGCAAGUUCUGCUGUCCCCGCUGAAAGGGGGGCAUCCUCCUGCAGUCAAAGCUGGAGGAAUGCGAAUCCCCAAAAAACAAGAAAUCGGAGUUUUGGAGAGACAUACCAAAAAAACGGGAUUGGAGAAAACAAGUGCCAUUGCAAAUGUUGCCAAAAUGCAGACGCUGGCUGCCCUGAAUGACACACUGGACAAGCUCAACCAUAAUUUCCAGCCACAGUGCACAUGCACAUCAAAAACCCACACCUGCUCUGGUGAAGGUCACUCCACUGAAAAAGAUCUACAUUAUUCAGCAGCCUCGGAAAUGUUAAGCGAGGACACGGGACGUAAAAUACAGCCACCUGGCCACCUGCCGCCAGCAUCUGACAGCUUAGCAAAAAGGACCAAAACUGUCCAUAGGCCUAGUGCACUUGCUUGGUAAAUAAACAAGUUUCGUAUCUUUCCUUUGACUUUAGAUAAUAAAGCAUCCAAAACUGGAAAUUC